CGGCGAGCAGUGUCUCCCUAAGGCCAUAGUUGUGGUUAUUGCAAUGUAGCUCCAGCAUAUGUCACGGCUCGAGCCGAAAUUAUAGUAGGGACCCUUAGCGACACUACUGUACGCUGGCAGUCCGAUGCCAAGAGAUGCUAGCGCCGCCCUACACAUGCUGCACCUACGUAUUUGAUCCGCUGCGGUAGUUCAUUGCAUUGGGUGAUUACAAUCGGGUUUCAUUUAUUUCACUAGUCGUCAGAGUUUAUUUUCCUUCCUGCGUGCAUUAUACUGUUCAUCAAACUAAAUUGUCUGUUUAUUGUAUUUUCUCUUCCAAUUACCUCUUGAUACCUAUUUCUUCUCUCAUCUGUUUCCACAAGCAAUACACUUCUGCUCUUUUUUUGAUCUUAUCGAGAAAAGUGUCUAUUACUUUGGUCUUUUUUUUUUGUUGAUUUUUGUUUUUCUUCUUCGUCUGUGCGGUCCUUACUACCACUAUUGCGUAGGGUUGAGAUGCGCUCGAUACUGGUCAAGGCAAUAGGGUAGAACAGCACUUCAAACCCCUCGCUGACGAAUCCAGGUUGCCUCUGUCAAACGGGAGCCCGUAAUAACUAACACAAUAUGGUUGAUUAGACUAGUUCUUGGUCUAUAUGGAUAUCCAAGAUACUCGUAUGUGGUCCAGAGAGUUUGGCAUUCUUCGUUAUGAGAGAGAUAUUUAUCACAUGAAUCGGGUCUAUGUCUUGCCACGACUGGAGCCAUAUUAGUGCAUGUAUGUGAUAUUUAACAAUAAUUCAACAUACGGAUAACAGGACUCUCGUUUGGUAUUUCCGUAAAGCAUGACGUUUCUACGAGAGGGUUGCGUCAGAUAGCUGUCUAGUUUUUGGAGCAUGUAGAGUGAUGUAUCGUCGUUGUUAGAUAGAGCAUAAUUAGAGAAAAACAGGGUUUAUGCUUCGGAAUUAGUAAUUCAUAGGGAUUAUGAUAGGUGUCCAGUUAAUUCAUAUAUUUCAUCUUUAUGGAUGAUUCCUGGCUUCCCGCUGAGCUUGGUUAAACACUACAGUUGGAACUAUAGAAUUUGCAAAACCCGUGUUAUUUCCGUCAGCACGACUGCAGUAAGCCUGGGGAGCGGCGAGUGACUGAACGCUGUAGGCAAACACGGGCAGCUGUUUCCAUGGGCUUCCAUACAAACGCAGCUAUAGCAGGUGGCUGUGGAGCCCAAGAGCGCUUCCCCACCGCUCUGGUGCACGCAUCAGGGUGCCCUGUACUUUUUCUGUGGCCUGCUGGCCAGGCCCCUGUAGAGAAGGCUCUCGCCCUCUGUAGAAGAUUCCCCUCCCACUGAGCACAGCCCGCCAGCCCAGCCUCAGCCUGCCUGUCCGCCUGCCUGCCUCCCCGCCGACUGGGGCCAAUCAGCGCCCCGCCACUUGCGUUGCCCGUUGCCGUGGAAGGCCACCGCCCAUAGAAUCUCAUGGAACCUGGUGAAUAUCGGUGGCACAACCAGCUUGCCGCAACCCUUUUUAGUUUCUCCUCGCUUUCACUUUUUUCUCUCUCCUUCUUCUCUCUCUCCAUCUCUCUCAUCUUUUUUCCCUCCCCCAAAACUCAACCCUUUGCACAGCUCUCUUUGCGAGAAAGUACCUUUAUACAUUUCUUGAGCUUGUACACUUCUUGUUUCAGUCACAUUUUCCUUUUGAUACCCGCCCAUCAUGUCUGAGACCUUCGAGUUCCAGGCUGAGAUCUCUCAGCUUCUCUCCCUUAUCAUCAACACCGUCUACUCCAACAAGGAGAUCUUCCUCAGAGAAUUGGUGUCCAACGCCUCCGAUGCUCUUGACAAGAUCCGCUACAAGGCCCUGUCCGACCCCAGCCAGCUCGACUCUGGCAAGGACUUGCGCAUUGACAUUAUCCCCAACAAGGAGGCCAAGACUCUUACCAUCCGCGAUACCGGUAUUGGUAUGACCAAGGCUGACCUUGUCAACAACCUUGGUACGAUUGCCCGCUCCGGCACCAAGCAGUUCAUGGAGGCCCUCACCGCCGGUGCCGAUGUUUCCAUGAUUGGUCAGUUCGGUGUUGGUUUCUACUCUGCCUACCUCGUCGCCGACCAGGUCCGCGUCAUCUCCAAGAACAACGAUGACGAGCAGUACGUCUGGGAGUCUUCUGCCGGCGGUACCUUCAACAUCUCUGCCGACACCGAGGGCGAGCAGCUCGGCCGCGGUACCUCCAUCAUUCUCCACCUCAAGGACGAGCAGGCCGAGUACCUUGAUGAGGCCAAGAUCAAGGAGGUCAUCAAGAAGCACUCCGAGUUCAUCUCCUACCCCAUCUACCUCCACGUCAAGAAGGAGACCGAGACUGAGGUCCCCGACGAGGACGCCGAGGAAGUUGAGGAGGUCGAGGGCGACGACAAGAAGCCCAAGGUCGAGGAGGUUGACGACGAGGAUGAGGACAAGGAGAAGAAGAAGAAGACCAAGACCGUCAAGGAGACCAAGAUUGAGGAGGAAGAGCUCAACAAGCAGAAGCCUAUCUGGACCCGCAACCCUCAGGACAUCACCACCGAGGAGUACGCUUCCUUCUACAAGUCUCUCUCCAACGACUGGGAGGACCACCUUGCCGUCAAGCACUUCUCCGUUGAGGGUCAGCUCGAGUUCCGCGCCAUCCUCUUCGUUCCCAAGCGCGCUCCCUUCGAUCUCUUUGAGACCAAGAAGACGAAGAACAACAUCAAGCUCUACGUCCGUCGUGUCUUCAUCACCGACGAUGCCACCGACCUCGUUCCCGAGUGGCUCAGCUUCGUCAAGGGUGUUGUCGACUCUGAGGAUCUUCCCCUCAACUUGUCUCGUGAGACCCUUCAGCAGAACAAGAUUAUGAAGGUCAUCAAGAAGAACAUCGUCAAGAAGUCUCUUGAGCUCUUCCAGGAGAUUGCUGAGGACAAGGAGCAGUUUGACAAGUUCUACUCUGCCUUCUCCAAGAACCUCAAGCUCGGUAUCCACGAGGACUCCCAGAACCGCAACAUCCUCGCCAAGCUUCUCCGCUUCAACUCCACCAAGUCUGGCGAUGAGCAGACCUCUCUGUCCGACUACGUUACUCGCAUGCCCGAGCACCAGAACAACAUGUACUACAUCACUGGCGAGUCCAUCAACGCCGUCUCCAAGUCUCCCUUCCUUGACGCCCUCAAGGCCAAGGGCUUCGAGGUUCUCUUCCUUGUCGACCCCAUUGACGAGUACGCCAUGACUCAGCUCAAGGAGUUCGAGGGCAAGAAGCUCGUUGACAUCACCAAGGACUUCGAGCUCGAGGAGACCGAGGAGGAGAAGAAGGCCCGUGAGGAGGAGGAGAAGGAGUACGAGUCCCUUGCCAAGAGCCUCAAGAACGUCCUCGGCGAGAAGGUCGAGAAGGUUGUUGUCUCCCACAAGCUCGGCUCCUCUCCCUGCGCCAUCCGUACCGGCCAGUUCGGUUGGUCCGCCAACAUGGAGCGUAUCAUGAAGGCCCAGGCCCUCCGUGACACCUCCAUGUCCAGCUACAUGUCCUCUAAGAAGACCUUUGAGAUCUCUCCCAGCUCCACCAUCAUCAAGGAACUCAAGAACAAGGUCGAGGCUGACGGCGAGAACGACCGUACCGUCAAGUCCAUUGUCCAGCUCCUCUUCGAGACCUCUCUCCUCGUCUCUGGCUUCACCAUUGAGGAGCCCGCCGGCUUCGCCGAGCGCAUCCACAAGCUUGUUCAGCUCGGCCUCAACAUUGAGGAGGACGAGUCUGCCCCUGCUGAGCCUGCCGCCACUGGCGCCGAGCCCGCUGCUGCUGCCGCUGACUCCGCCAUGGAGGAGGUUGACUAAAUGGUUAACACCCAACCAUUGCCUUUGGCAAAAAAAAAAAAGUUCUUGGGAGUUAAUAUGGCUUUUCUAGAACACACAUGACUGGGUUAUGUGUUGUGAUGUUCUUCUUUGUUACUUAAUGAGAUAACUUUUUCCCUUUUUUGCGAUUCGUUUUGGCUCUUCAUCUGGCCUCAAUGAUUCGGUCCCCCGCGCUUGUGUCGGCUCUUCUCAGAGCUGGUUCAAGGACAUAGAAGGGGGUUUGUACUCUAGCUAGAUGUCUGACGAAAACCUGCAAAUGAAGUUAGAUGCGUCAAUGAAAAAAAUAUUCAAGUU